GCGGCUGUGACGCUUGGGUUCGGACCGUCGGACUUGCUGACUGCCGUGAUGCUCCACGACGCGUGUCAAUUACGAUGCCGGCUCGGCGGAGCGUGCUGCCACCGCGACACGGUGCAGCGUCACGUGCUCGCACUGACAUGCCUCUUCGUCGCUCACAAAGCCAGGGCCGCGCGCACAUCCACCAAUUCCUUGAGCACGGACGCCUUCUGCCAGACAUUGGCAUGUCUAGAGGGUUUAUCGGCGGUCAAGGGCUGCAUGCUGGAGCGACAGCUCGACUGGGUGUCUCGCCUCUUCCCGUCCCUGCAUCUCCCGGCGUCCGGAGACAUGGAAGCCGCUGCUGGGCUCUUACGCAGCUUAUGGUCGUCGUUGUUCCGCGACGGCAACUCGUCGUCUCACGCUCGCUACCUCGCAGCCUUCGUGCUUCAGCUGAGGACUACAGUUUUCGGGCGGAUGAAGGUCCCUCCCAGUGUAAUAGCUGCUGCCGCUGACGUGGCUGUUCGCGGAGUCAAGUCUACAAGGAAGCAGGACCUGGUCCGUGCUUUCGCACUGACGUCGCCAGCUUCGCAACUGCGCGGCCAUACUGCAGGCAACGCGUCGCUCGCGAAACGCGUUGCUCUGCCUGCUGUCUCCGAAGCAUCUGCUGUCGCCAUGGCUGCUGCAGCAGGUGUUCUUACUGACCUCGCUAACUCCCCUGCUACCACUGCCGUCGCAGCUCCCUCGCGUUAA